AUGGAGGUGUCUGUCCUAAUUCAUGGUUUCCGGGCCAGCGUGGCAUCACUUCAUAAGACGCACAAGACAUUUACCUCCAUCUUUUUUGCAGGGAAAGUGCGUUUUAUGAAAGAAGAAGUGAGGAGGAAGCACAUUCGCCCUCCACAUGGAAGAGGGCGCUGACAGCCCCGGGACAGGGUCGGGGUGCAGGAUUUUGUGCUCCUGGACGCAUACACCAGUGAAGCUGCUUUGGACAAUCUGCGCAAGCGUUUCAGUGGAAAACCUCAUUUAUACAAUAUUAUUGGGACUCUCCUUGUAUCUGUGAAUCCAUACCAGACUCGAAUCUAUUCUGUGAGCCAGAUGGACUUUACCCAAGGGGUCAAUUUCUACGCCAUCGCCGACAACGCUUACCGUAUGAUGUGCUCAGAACUCAAUAACCACUUUAUCCUCAUUUCCGGAGAGAGCGGGGCUGGGAAAACGGAAGCCUCCAAGAAGAUCCUCCAGUAUUUUGCAGUGACCUGCCCCAUGACUGAGUCUCUGCAAGUUGCCCGUGACAGACUGUUGCUCUCCAAUCCGGUGCUGGAGGCUUUUGGAAAUGCCAGGACGCUCCGAAAUGACAACUCAAGCAGAUUUGGAAAAUACAUGGACAUCCAGUUUGACUUCAAGGGCGUCCCUGUUGGCGGCCACAUCAUCAGCUACCUGAUAGAAAAGUCCCGGGUCGUCCACCAGAACCAGGGCGAGCGAAAUUUCCACAUCUUCUACCAGCUGCUGGAGGGCGGGGACCAGGGCCUUCUUGCUCACCUGGGACUGGAGCGAGACCCGCAGCUGUACAAGUACCUCUCCCAGGGCCAUUCUGCCAAACAGUCUUCCAUCAAUGAUAAGGACGCCUGGAAAACAGUGUCCAAUGCUUUCUCUGUCAUCAAUUUUACUGAUGCUGACCUGGAGAAUCUCUUUGGGAUCAUCGCCAGCGUCCUGCACUUGGGGAACAUCUGCUUUGGGGAGAGUCGUCAGGGCCAUGCCACCAUUCCCCACACCCACGAGAUCAAGUGGAUCGCCAAGCUCCUCGGGGUGCAGCCAUCGAUGCUUCUGGAAGCUCUCACCCAUAGGAAGAUCGAAGCCAAAACAGAGGAGGUCAUCUGCCCACUGACUCUGGAACUCUCUAUCUACGCACGCGACGCUCUAGCAAAGGCAGUAUAUGAACGAACCUUCACAUGGCUGGUCAGCAGAAUCAACUCCUCCCUCGUUAACAAGGAUUUCACACAGAAGACGGUGAUCGGGCUGGUGGACAUCUAUGGGUUCGAGGUCUUUGACAAGAACGGGUUCGAGCAGUUCUGCAUCAAUUACUGCAACGAGAAGCUGCAGCAGCUGCUGAUCGAGAGGACGCUGAAGGCCGAGCAGACAGAGUAUGAGCUGGAAGGGAUCCAGUGGGAACCCAUUCAGUACUUCAACAACAAAAUCAUCUGUGACUUGGUGGAAGAGAGACACAAAGGAAUCAUUUCUAUCCUGGACGAAGAAUGCAUUCGUCCUGGCCCUGCCACGGAUUUGAGUUUUCUGGAGAAACUGGAAGAAAAAGUGGGCAGACAUGCACACUUCCAGACCCGGAAGCUGGCAGGUCCCAAGGGCCGGAAGCGGAUUGGCUGGCUGGAGUUCCAGCUCCUCCACUAUGCAGGCGAGGUCACGUACUGCACUAAAGGCUUCCUGGAAAAGAAUAACGACUUGCUUUACCGGCACUUGAAAGAGGUGCUGUGCAGGUCCCAGAACCACAUCCUCCAGCAGUGCUUCCUGGUGGCCGAGUUAGAGAACCGCCGGCGGCCUCCCACGGUUGGAACCCAGUUUAAGAACAGUCUGAGCAGCCUCCUGGAAAUCCUCAUCUCCAAGGAGCCUUCGUACAUCCGCUGCAUCAAGCCCAACGAGAGGAAGGAACCUAGCAAGUUCGACGAUUCCCUCAUCCAACAUCAAGUCCAGUACCUGGGGCUCAUGGAGCACCUUGCGGGUGAGACGGGCCGGGCUUCGCCCUACCGGCGGAAGUAUGAGCAUAUUUCCUGCAAAGGUACUUUGAGAAGGUACAAGUGCUUGUGUCCUGACACCUGGCCACACUGGCACGGGCCUCCGUCAGAGGGUGUUGAGCGGCUCAUCAAGUAUAUCGGCUACAGGCCCCAGGAGUACAAACUGGGGAGAACCAAAAUAUUCAUUCGCUUCCCCCGAACUCUGUUUGCCACGGAGGAUGUUGAGUUUAGUAAACACCAAUUAGUCGCAAGGAUCCAAGCCACGUACCGAGGCUGCUUGGAGAGGAGGGAGUACCUGCGGAAGAGGCAAGCAGCCAUCAGGCUCGAGGCCCACUGGCGCGGGGUCCUGGCCCGGAAGGAAGCAGACAGAAGGAAGUGGGCUGUGUGGAUCAUCCAGAAGUUCAUCAAGGGCUUCAUGCACCGUGACAAGCCGCUGUGUCCCGAGGAUGAGGAGUUCAUGGUGCUCGUGCGCAGGAACUACAUCCUGAACCUCCGAUACCACGUCCCGAAGAGUGUCCUGGACAAGAGCUGGCUGAGGCCGCCCGGCAACCUGGAGCACGUGUCAGGGCUGCUCCGGACCAUGUGCACAAGGAACCUGGUGCGGAAGUACUGCCGGGGGAUCACGGCCGAGCAGAGGGUGCUGAUGCAGCAAAAGGUGGUGGCGAGCGACGUGUUCAGGGGCAAGAAAGAAGGUUACGCGGAGAGUCUGAACCAACCCUUUGCCCAGAGUAGGAUUGAUAAAGGCGACAUUAACCCUAAGGUGCUCCAGCUCCUGGGCAGUGAGCAGAUCCAGUACGGGGUCCCAGUGCUCAAGUACGACAGGACUGGCUCCAAGGUGCGGCCGAGGCAGCUGCUCCUCACCCAGGGGGCCGCGUACAUGGUGGAGGAGGCCAAAAUCAAGCAGAAGAUAGAGUACGCGGCGCUUCGGGGAAUCUCGACGAGCAGCCUGAGGGACGGGUUCUUGGUCAUCCACGUUUCUCCCGGGAACAGCAAGCAGAAGGGUGAUGCCAUCCUGCAGUGCGAGCACAUCUUCGAGGCUGUCGCCAAACUGGUCAUGCUGGUUCAGAGAGACAACCUGGUCCAUGUGGUGCAGGGCAGUUUACAAUUUUAUAUUAGUCCCGGGAGAGAAGGCACCAUUGUUUUUGACACUGGACCAGAAGAGCAAAUCUAUAAAGAUAAAAAAGGACAAUUAACAGUGGUGAGUGGCUGUGUUGGGGAGAGGGAGUUUGGGGAGAAUGCAGGUGAAAACUUCACCCAGGGGACAGGGGAGAGCUUCCUGCCCUUGCCUGCAGAGUAG